GUAGUGCGUCUGGCUCUUGCGUUUCACGUUCUAGCGUUCUACGAUUAAUUAUUACUUGUAAUAAAACAGCUGAGGAAGCUGAAGCUCGUGAAAAAUCUUUAUUCAUUAUUUUCGAUUUCGCAAAUUCUCGGUGACUAUCACAGUGAGGCAUUAUCAAUUUAUUAGAUUAUUUCAUUAAAAUUGUAUGAAUAUUCAAGUGACUCCACAAACAUCGCAAGAGACAAAUAAUACGGUAUUGCUCCUGGGUAUUGCUAAGAUUAGCGUGGAUACAUAUGCUGCUACUGCUAAGCAGUGUUAGUGCUGAGCUAGCUUAAAUAUUGACUGUGGGAAAUGAGGAGAAAAUAUACCUACUGUACCUGAUGUGUAAUGGAUUAUGAUUAAUUAACAUGUCAGAAACAAAACUAUUUGAAAACCUGGAGGUGGAUGUAGGCCUAUUCAUAAGAACUGUAAAAAGUUUCCCAUACUUGUAUGAUCAACAACAUAAGGAUUUCAAAAAUAUCUCUUACAGAAGAAAAACCUGGGACAAAAUUGGUGCAACUCUGGAACUUCCUGUUGCUGAAUGCUUCAGACUAUGGAAAAACUUCAGAGAUAGAUACACUAGGGAGAGAAGAUCAUAUUCUAUUACUGGUAAACUCCCUCAUUGGGAAUUUUAUGAAGCCAUGGAAUUUCUCAAUCCUUACAUUAAAAGAAGAAGAUCAAUACUCAAGAGAUUGAAACAAAGGACUUCUUAUGCUGUUGGUGCAGAAUUUCAAGACAUUGAUGAUACUUCUACCAAUGCAUCGGAUUGUGCUGAUAUAAAGUUUACCCCUGCUGAUAGUCCUGAACAAGUGUUCAUGGUUGAAAAUGAUUUGGAUGAUAACACACAAAUUGAAGAAAUCACAUUUGAGACUAUGGAUGAGGAAGAAAGUAGACAAUUAUCAGUCAAAGAGGUUCCUCUUCGAAAUUCUGAAACAAUAACAACUAUCAGACACCAAACCUCUGAAGAGGCAUUUGGGGCCUACAUUGCAUCACGACUCAUGGAUUUUCCUAUGGAUAUAAGACAAAUAAAGAAAGUCAAAAUCUUCAAGGCACUGGAAGAUUUAGGAGACUUCUAGCUCUAGCUUCCAGACUUUGAUAAAUAGAUUAGGGUUGAUUUUUACUUUGAUGGUAUUAUUUAAUAAAAAAAAUUUCAAAAC